GCCAAGGAGCCUCAUCCCCAGCCCUCCUCCCGCUGACUAGAGGCCUCGUGGGUAAAAUAACAGCCUCUAUUCUGAGCUCGCACAUAGAGCUUCCUUCUAUCAGAGACAGAUUUGGGAUUUAGAAAACUCUCAGCAGAGGCUUCCUGUGGCUUCAGAGGAACCUACAGACUCACAGAGGAUCGGAGAGCUCAGUGAUGGGUCCUGCCACAAUGAUGGUUCAAGCCCAUUAGCUUGGAUGACACUGCACCAUGUACAGUGUGGAAGAUCUCCUGAUUUCUCAUGGGUACAAACCAGCCCGAGAUGUCCCAGCACCACAUGAAGACAGAUCAGAGGGGUGCCGGUCAACCAGGACAAGAACCCGAGCUGGCCAAGGUCUAUCGAAUGGGUACGAGGAUGGUCCUACAGCUCAUGCCCACAGUAGGAAGCCCCUGAGGACAGGACACACGAGCAACUCUGAGAGCCGCAGCAGCAAGCCAAGAGGCCACGGGGAGCGCCAAAGCACUUCUGCUUCUAGAAUUCCUGAGGCAGGGUUUUUAAAUCAACCCUCCUCAGCAUGGUCCUCUCAGGCCCAGACCGGUAGCGAACACGCCUACUGGAGCAGAGGAAGGCAGGAGGGCAGUGGCUUGCUGGGUCCCAGGGACCGGGAAGACCUGAAGGUCAGAGGAAUGGCUCAGGCACACAGUGUACCCAUCCGUGUGAGAGAGAGCCCCUGGGAAGUUGCAGGAAGGACAGAGCAUGUGAUAAAGAAGGCUUUUUGGGAAGAAGGCCUGCGGAUGGCAGCUCCGGUUAAGUGGCAGAACGUGAGCAUGGAAAGCUGGAAGCAGCCGAGGAAGUUAGGGAGACAGGUGUCUGAUGGUGGUGGAGAGAAAAGGUUCCAGGCUCUGUACCAGUUUGUUGAUGGGGAGCACGUGCUGACAUCUCAGAACAAAAAGAAAUCCCAGUCACUGCCUCGCGUCCUCUCUCCUGAAAGCCUGAGUUUCACAGAAAUUCCUGUUCCGAUACAUGAUGGGCACUUAACAGGUGUCCCAAAAGUGCCACCGUACCCUCCCAGCUGCCCACCGACUUUGGAACCCACAAGGAACCUUGAGAAGGCUAGUUCCUCAGGCCCUUUUCCCCGGCCAAAGUUUGGGAAACCCCUUAAGACUGCAUGUUACAGCUCUCACCCACAGCCUAGGGGAGAAGACGGCUUUCCGGGCCACCAGCACAGGGACCCACGUGGCUCCCACCCAACAAGAAGUAAGGAUCCCAGACAUGAGCUGGGUACACUGGAUACUGGCUUGGAGCCCCCAGUGUAUGUGCCUCCUCCUUCAUACAGGUCACCCCCCCAGCAAAUUCCAAACCCCUACCUUGAAGAUCCCAUGCCCAGGCAUGUGAGCAGCAGCCAGAGUCAACAUCAGCAGCUGCCUGAGAAAGCUGAGGCUAGCUGUCUGCUUCCUCCUGGCUCCCUUGCAGCUAGGAAUCCCUAUGACGCAAUGCCUGGCUCUCCCCCUCCAGGUCCUCCACCACACCCGUAUCCUGUGCCUGCCCAUGGAGGUUCCAUUCAGUACAUUCCGUUUGAUGAUCCUCGGAUCCGGCAUAUCAAACUAGCUCAGCCCCCAGAGUUCUAUGAAGAGGCAAAGCUUGAUGACAGAACCUGUAACCCCGGUCUCGUCGCUGCCCAGGAAACAGCUCUUGGGAAAAGGCAGUACACUGAUGGCCUUUCUGCACCCCCAACGCCAGUCAACGAGCGGGGUUCAGCCUUUGUCCUUUCCAGUCCCCGGUGGCUGCGGGGCCAGCUCCCCAAAGACACUGAACACGGAGCCUUCCCUGGCUACACAGAGCCUCAUGUCAUGAGAGGAUUAGCAACUGAUGUGAGAGAGGGCAAGGCAGAGAGCCACACCCCUUCCCCAGAGCUGCAGGGUGAGGGUGCCUGCAAAACCUACACUAAGCUCAGACAGUUUGAAACAGGGACUCAGAGCAAGAACAGGUCAAAGAAGAGGAACAAUGCAACCAUAUUUUGUUUGGUUUCUGUCCCAGUUAAAUCUGAGUCGCUUCUGCCAGAUACAGACAGGAACAACAAUGACUUGAAGCUGGGGGCUGAUAAGGCGGGCGGGCUGUGUCGGGGCCCAGCCCUGGAGGAGCAAAGCCUGCUGAGUAUGUCUUCCACCGACCUAGAGCUGCAAGCCCUCAUGGGAAGCAUGGCUUGGAGAAGAACGUCCCCAAGGCAAGGUCUGGGGGAGCUAGAAGAUGACCAAACUGAUGACCUCAGAAUUCUCCACCUCACCAAACACAGGGAGCUCCAAGCAUCUGGCUCAUGGCCAGGCCACCAGUACAGAGAUCAGCAGACCCAAACCAGUUUCCCUGAAGACUCCACAAGCUCCCAGCUCCUCCCAGCCACAAAGCCAGGAGAGCCCAGCAAUGCAGCACUGACCCCAACAUGCCCAGAACCCACUGCCUCUGAAGGACACCUACAUACUGCCUUAGCACCCAGUGACCCAAACCAGAAGGCCGGUGUGCCACACCUGCGAGGGCAAAUGUCCCUCAGCCCAUCUCAAAACAGUGCUUUCUCAAGGACUUCCUCGGCCACAAACCAGGCAGCUAUGCCCAAAGGGGCCUCUGGCCAUCCCCCUAGUGCUAGCCCUGUACCCAAGCCAGAGGUGGUGAAAGGGGAGCCCACAGCAGGCCAGUGCAACAGCACACAACUCUUCGGUCAGUUUCUCUUGAAACCAGUUAGCCGGCGGCCCUGGGAUCUGAUAAGUCAAUUAGAAAGCUUUAACAAGGAGCUUCAGGAGGAGGAAGAAAGCCAUGGUGAUAGCAGUAGGGAUAGUAAUGCAGAGAGCGAGGCAGAAGAGCCACAGGACUGUGCUGACUCCAGAGCCAAGACCUGGAGGCUCCAGGAAGCCAGGCAGGAGGCAGAGCAGCGGCCUGCAGCGCUGGUGCUAGAGGAGACAGGGUCCCAGGAUGGAAGACCCAGUGAGUCGGAGGACUGGAGUGAGGAAGCAGAACCUGGUCACCCAUGUGCCCAUCCUCAGUCCCUGCGCCAGUCGCGGGAGGAAGACAGCAGAGGUGUUCCCUUCCAGUGGGCAGGUGGACGUCUGAGUGCAGAGCAGCAAAGCCAGGAGGUUCUGAAUGGGAUGUGUGAGCUAGAUAUUAGCAUAAGUCCUCUGAGCAGGACUCCCAGUGACAGGAAAGCAGCCACUUUGUUCUAUCUGGCAGAACCAAGAGGAAGUCAAGAACUCACCAGUGUCAGUGAUGCAUUAGAGUCCGUGCAGCUGGGCAGAGAGACCCCUCCAAAGGUGGAUAGUGGUGAGGUCCUAUUGCCCCUUGCUGACAAAUAUCGAGGCCUCUCAACCCCAGACUUGCGGUCUUUGGGCCUCACACGGGGACAAGAGCAGAGUGCCUAUAAAUCAGAGCCCCUGGGUUUAGAAAGUGCCAUGGAAGUGCCACUUCCAUGUGAGACUCUCCAGGCAAGGGCAGAGAGGAUCCUGGGCAUUGAGGUGGCCGUGGAGUCCCUUCUGCCAGGUGCCAGGAGAGGAGGGCAGAGCCCACUCCCUGAGCCUGAUACAAGUGCCUGCAGCCCAGACUCACCCAGGGAGGAUGCGUUACCCAGCUCAGCACCAUCAGGGGUCCCCGCAGUGACCACUGAUGCCUUUUAUGGCAGGAGAAAGUGCGGCUGGACUGAGAGUCCCCUCUUUGUAGGAGAAAGGGCCCCCCAGGCUUCUACAUGCUCAGCUGUGGAUAGAUUCUCUGCAAGCCAGACCACCAGUGCCGAGUCUGAGCAGAAGGACGAGGAGUCAAAACCACCCUUCAAGUCCACUCUGUUCCAUCUCAUGGAGAAGACCACAAGUGUGCUGGGCUCUGAAAAGAGGCUCAGAGGCCCUUCCAAAGUGAUUGAGAGCUUACAGGAAAAACUGGCAUCACCCCCAAAGAAGGCAGACUCGGUUCGCUUGAUAAGAAUGAGGGAGGUAAACUCCUUGUCUCGGAUGAGGACUCUUAGCUCCAAGAGCGCAGACUCUGUGGACGAGCCCGACCAACUAAAGGCCACCAUGAGUCGGGCCUGGCUGUCAGGAGACCUUAUGUCCCUGAGUGGUGAGGACCAGGCCUGGCAAGCAGGGCAUCUGUCCUCCAUCUCUCAAGAAGAAAAUGGGCACCCUGAAGUGUCAAGGGAGAAGAUGGCAGAGCAGGACUUGUGCUGUGCAGAUUCAUAUGACCCCAGCCGAGUGGAGAGGGUGUGAUGGACGCUGCUGAGCCCCCCCCC